AUAAUCCUGUGCUCUCUCUUUUUUACUCGCUUCGUGUCGAUCAAGAAAUCUUUUGUAUUAAGAAGAAAAUUAAGAAGAAACCUUUUGCAAGGAAGGGAUGCUCUGAAUCUGCAAAUAGGAAUCCUAACGGAAUGUUUGACAAAAAUUGACAAAAUUUUGAUAAUAAAUUAACUACUGAAGGACCCUGAAGAACAGACGAAAAAACUCAAAGUUAGCUACCUACAAUCCUUGAUGUAUUUUUCCAACAUUUUCUUUUAAAACCUUUUUUAUCGCAUUAUAAAGACGUUGAUUCUUUUCAAACUUAUGAAAAUCGUACAAACAACACUGCUUUGUCGGGGAAGGGGCGAAACAUCAACAAGUCUUUUGUAUUUUUUGUAUUUGUUUCUACCUAGCAUCCGGCGGUAGUUUUAGGAUACUGAGAAGCUAAUGCUUAUCGAGCAGUGUCCUGGUCCUUCCUCUCGAUGUAACCACACCUCGUGAUUCCUAUGCCUGGAAUUACAGAGAGCUGGCGACUCUCCUCACUCUGGGUGAAAGUUUGGUCAUGCUAGGGACUCGAACGACGUACCCUUGGGUCUGUAGUCAGCGCCUCUAACAACUGAGCCAGUCUCACAAUUUUGUGAAUGAUUGUAGCCUUGUACCCAUGCGCGUUUCGAUUUUUUUAGAUUAAUUUUUAGACUUGAAUGUAGUAUACAAAAUAAUGACAAAAAAAAGAAAAUAAAGUAAUAAUUAGGGGGCAAAAGUAUGAAAGGAUGGGUAUCUUGAUAUUCUUCGAAUAAUUGGAUCAAUUUUCUCAAAGUUGUUUUCGUCAUUUGAUUUGGUAAGUAAGCUAUAAUUUUGGAUUUAUUUUUCAUUAAACUCAUUCUUAUGAGGUUGCUAUAAUGGGUAUAAUGAAGAUAUGUUGUUGCUGUUGUUGCGACUGUUGCCAUUGCUCUGCAUUCGGUGGGCCAGGCCAUGAGUUUUUUGCUAAACAGUCUUAAGGCAAAGAAAGAUAUAGAUAUUGCCAUCAAGACCACCGUCGACAAAGUUUUGGUUUUGCGAUUUGGCAGAGAGAACGAUGCCGUUUGCCUGCAGCUGGAUGACGUGCUCUCAAAGGCAGCUCCAGAUCUGGCACGAAUGGCUGAUAUUUACACUGUUGAUGCUGACAGCAUCCCUAUUUAUGUGCAAUACUUUGACAUAACACUUAUUCCAGCAACUAUAUUCUUUUACAAUGGCCAGCACAUCAAGGUUGACUAUGGGACUCAAGACCACACAAAGUUUAUUGGUGCUUUCAAGAAAAAACAAGACUUCAUAGAUCUAGUAGAAGUGAUACUAAGGGGGGCCCUGAGGGGAAAGCUAAUAGUUCCAUGCCCAAUUGACCUUGGAGAUAUACCAAAGUAUUCUUUAAUAUACAAAGACAUUUAAGUUUAUUUGGUAAAUAGGAUGUAAAAUAUUUAACCCUGUAUACUUGUAACUAAAUAAAGCAUUUUCUAAUGGUAGCGUUUUAAAGAGUCUUGCAAAAUGAUAAGCUUUACAAAUCAAAACUAUUUAAAUAUAUCUGCGAUCAGCAAUUGAUUUGAGCAGAAUUUGUUCUUUCUAAGAUCUUGCUAUGUUUGUAACAACUAAUAAGUGUGCAAAACAAAAUUUUCUUUGACAUGGAAAAUAGUAUAAUGCAGUGCUGUCAGAACAAAACUCAUAAUGGAGGAAAGGAUGUUGGCCAUUAUAUUCCUUCUCAUUUAUGUGUUUGUUGUUGUUUAUUCUUGACACAUUGCUGUGUUCCUUAUUUACCUUGUUGUAAUUGAUUUUUUGAUGCAAGAAUUCAUUAGAGUCUGGCACACAGCCUGCUAUUGAGGCCUUUCCUUUAUUCACACAAAUAUAUUACAAUUUGACAAUUUUUUUGGGGGGGGGGCUCCAGCCCCAGUCCUCUAGCUCUGACAACCCUGCAAUGUGAAGAAGUUAUUUGGAAUAUACAGUAUAAUCCAGUUAUAACGUACUUUAAGGGACCAGCGUAUUAAGAACGUUAUAUCUGAAGUAUGUUGUAAAGAGGGUAAGUUAAAAUUGAUUAAAACCAAGCACACCUUUUUUCGAGAUCAAGCACACCAGUAUGUUAUAUCCGAAAGUACGUAAUAACCGAGUAUGUUAUAACGGGAUUCUACUGUAAGUGACUUCCACUUUUUGUGGAUUAGGAUCCAGGCAAAUUUUCUUUUAAAAGGUACAUGUAUGUUGGAAAUCUUUACAGAAACAAUUGUAACAACAGUUAGAUGAUUAUAUUGCUUUGUAUAUACAUGUAUGUGUAGUAACACCUUACUUUCAUAAUGAAGUUUGAAGUGUAUUCUAAGCAACAGUGUAUUCAAGACCAGAAAGUUCUAGAGUAACACUUAUUAAAACUAGAAUGUUUUUGUAAUUAGCUUUUUUAGGACCUGUUCAUAUUAGAGGGUAAUUUAAGAUUUGAUCCAGA